AUGGAUAUCGAACGUUGCCAGCUGAGCCAGUCAGAUAAUGCUGGUGGGAGCUCGUCACCGGGGUCAUCGUAUUCCACCUCGCCGGAACCAUCGCACCCUUCUUCAUCACCUACCUCGUCGACGACGAAAAAGACACUGCUGCAUGCUCGUCGUCCCAGUCUUUUGAGUUCGGCCAUCUCCAAGCAGGAAUGCACCACGAUCAAUAUCGCCGAAGAUAAGGAUGGGCCGCCCGAGUUGAUCUCCUACCUCUCCUCAAGCCAAGGUUUCGCAUGGAACCCCGAGAUCUUUCUACCAUCCUACGUCGACUACGACUACAUCCCCCUCGAGAACCGGAGAGACCCGAUCCAUGAGAUCAUCCUAACGGACGAAGAGAUCAAGAAGAUCCUGCCGCAGUAA